CAACCAGCCUCACACACCUAGCAGUGACUGAUCCACGCUCAGUAAUAGGUAGGUGUGAUCAUCCUCGCAGCAUGUGUGGGUGCAAAACGCUGGAAUCUUGAUCCCAACUUUAGCUGGAGUUCUCCUGCAGCCUCCUGGUAAAAUGUCUGCACGAAGGCCGGGUGAACACAGCAGGAAACAUCCGGUAGUCUAGUGAUGUACAACCUGGCGUUUGAUCCAGAACUCUCGAGACGUAAUGAUGAUGAAGAUGAUGAUGAUGGGACGAACCGCUGCGCUGCUGCUGCUCCUAUACCUUCUGUGUGGGCGUUGAUGAAACUCCUGAAGCUCGGAGGAGGUGCUGGUUGGAUUAUUUACGCACAGUGGAUCCCUCUCAUUGGUCCCUGUCAGGAGCUGCUCGGUGACACAACAGAUAUAAAGAAAGAGACGAGCUUCAGAGAGGAACAGAAGAGUUGGAGGGCGGACAGUGAGCGAUCAGUGGAUGGUGGAUGAGCUUCUGAGAGACUUAACACGGCUGGAACUAUCUGUCCAACUCCUGAGGGAUCUGUUAAAGAAUGGAGUGGUAUUUCCUGGUGCUGAUGCUGAGCUUGCCGCCCUCCAUCCACGCAGAUUGCUCUUCACAGUGUCAGAAAUGCGCGCAACAGAUCCUCAGCUCCGACGACGCGUUCAGCAGCCUGUCGUGCAGCACGGAGUGUGAGGGGCAACUGGAGGGUUGCGGCCCGGCCCCGGCCCUCGCAGACUUCAGCCAGGACGAGGCUGCAGCGGAGGAGGAGAGCCAGCAGGCAGACCUGGUCAAACGCUAUGGAGGCUUCAUCAAGAGGAUCGACAAGAACAAGAACAAAAUCUUCAACUCUCCAUGGCGUGAAAACUACAUCCUGAAGGCGGGAGCGCUGCCCAAGAAAUAUGAGGACUUGUUGAAGAGGCUGGAGGAGAGAGACGCCCUUGAGGACGCGGAUGACGCUCCAGAGGACCAGAUGCUGCAUAAUUACGUGAAACGUUACGGCGGCUUUUUGCGUAAAUUCGGCCCAAAGACAAAGAGGAGUAGCUCCGCGGAGCAGGAGAGCCAGGAGCACGAGGAGCUACAGAAGCGCUACGGAGGCUUCAUGCGGAGGGUCCGGCCCAAGCUGAACAACCUGAAGUGGGACAAGAGGUACGGGGGCUUUCUGCGCCGACACUUCAAAAUCUCAGUGCGCUCAGUGGAGGAGCCGUAUUACUCCUACGAUGAUCUGAGCCUAUAGACGAACCUGCAGGAGGAGAAACUAACUAACAAAGAACUGAUGCAGGUUCACUUCCAAUGCCACCAUUUCUCCACAAAAUCUCAUCCGCCUGAUUCCUGCGUAUAUCGGCUGCCUUCUGUGUAACAACCUCCAUCUGUGUGUUGUUGGCAUCUCCGUCUGUCACUCAAUAAAGGAUGCUUGUUUAAUAAAA